CUCUCUUCUUCUUCAACUUCGCCUCCCUCUGACAAGACUCUGGGGUCGGUUUCGUCCGCUCAACCCAUGUCUCGACAUUAGUCUCAUUUGCAUGGUCGCACCCCGACAUCCAUGGUGCUGUCCUCGCCCUAAGAGCUCCACCUCCCCCAUCACCGACCCCUAUAGCUCUGGUCCAUCUCCGCUUCCUCCAUCCUCCACCAUUUCGUCAUGUCCGACUUUCACGAUAAUUCAGGCGGCGUGAUCCUGGACGGCCCCUUCGAUCCAGACGCGCAAGCCACCGUCACCGAUUACAUCGACUACACCGAAUACCUUCCCGCCGACCUCAUUCGUUCCCUCACGCUCAUUCGCGGUCUGGACGAGAGAUAUUUGGACGCCGCGCAGAGCGUCCAUGAUUCCACAAAGACCUACGGCCAGCUUCCUGACCUCGCCCCAGAUGCUCGUCCCGAUGCGCGCAUAUUGCGCAAAGACAUCUCCGCCCAGAUUGACAGUGCGAUCAACGCUCGCGAGUCCGCCUACGCCGAGGCCUGUCGUCUCUAUGACGUGGUCGAUCGUCACUUCAAUCGACUGGAUUGCAUUCGGCAGAAGCUGAACGCGCUUCCCAAACCGGCCUCACGCGAACCUACCCCCGCACCCCCUGUCCCCAAUACGACUACCUCAAAACGCGGUCGGUCCUCGAAGAAGGGCGACGAAGGUGCGCCGACCACGACGCGCAUUACGCUUCGAUUAGAUAGCCAUGACAAUGCCCGACGUGGUCCUAAGUCUCGAUCGCGGCGGUCAGCGACCGGACAUCUGGCCGGCCUGCACCCCGAUUCCCCCAUCGCGAGCACGGAGCAUUCCGACGUGGAGGCCGAACCUAAGGCCGUUCCGUCCGAGUCGCCCAUGGAGCUGGGAUUGAGUCCGGCCAAGAAGGAGAAGCAGCGCCGGCGAUCACGGACCUCGGCGGCUACCCAUGAUCCCAAUCAUGUCACAUCCAUCUCGACAAGUAACGCCCUGGCCCUGCUCAAACCACCUCCGGAGGACGCGCAACCCGGCAGCGAGGACAUGCCGUGGCUGCGUCUCACUGAAUGGGAAAUGACCAAACUCCGCAAGAAGAUGAAGAAGAAUGCCGUGUGGCAACCCAGCGAGGUCAUGAUCCACCGCGAGCUGGCUCUCCGGGGGCGGGGUUGGGAGGCGUACCGCGCAGCCAAGGCCAAGUCGGACGCGGAAGGGACCGAGUUUGUGGACUGCGACGACAUCAUGAACACAUACAUUCCGGGCCAGUUGAUCCGACGUACUGAGGGAAUGAAGGAUCCGGAGGGCACCUUCGAGACGAAGCUCAGCAACCGGGGCAUGAAGCUAAACGAGGCCAAGAAGCUCAAGCGCGAGAACCAGGCGAGGGAACAAGCAGCCCUUGCCGCUGCGGAGGCGGAGUUGGCGGCCAAACAGGGACUCGUCGUUCCUCCCGUCAGCUCUCAGGAUGCUCUUAUCUCGGAAAAGCCCAUUCGAGCCGCCACCAAGAAGAGGAGUCUCGACGAGAGCUCUUCCUCGGCCAUCGUUCCUUCACCUCCUUCUCCCGCUACUGCUGCUCCUCCUCCGCCUCCUCCGCCGGCCCCGGCACCCCAGGAAAGCGAAACACGUGUGGCCCUGCGCAGUUCGGUCAAUAAACGCCGUAGGACCAGCAAGGAAUCUCCCACCCCAGUGGAGACGAGUGUGAGCACAUCCAGCGCUCCGGCCACCACCCUGGCGUCGACUAAUGUGCCCGUAGCCGGUGCCGAUGCAGCUGAUGCGCGAAAGCCAUCUCCCCCUGCACCACCAUCCCCAACCGGAUCCAAAAGUUCCAUCCCCUUGACCAUCACCGCGGCUGUCCCUGCCGUUAAGGAAAGUAGGACCACCACGCCGCCCGUGACGCGGCCUCCCUCUCGACGCCGUUCUGCGGCCGCAUCGGCGGAGCCCGUUACCAACAUUACCAUCACAUUAGGGGGUCGUGAGCUGCGUCGGAAGAGCGCCACGCCUGCCCGCAGAACUCCGAUUCCCGAAAGUGCGCUCGGUGCUGCGGCGCCCACUAGACGCCGCAAGCGACCCGCUCCGGGAAUCGUGUCCACCGGGCAAGACGGCGGCGCUGCGGUCAGUUACGGCCGACGCAAAGCCAAACCUACUAAGAAACGCAUCGGACCGCGCGAGCCCGGCUUGUUGGAGGACCCCCAAGCCCACGAGGGCAUUCGCAUUGACGAAGAUGGCGUGUUGGAGGAAAUCGACCCCAACGAACCCCGUUAUUGCAUCUGUGGCGAUGUGAGCUUCGGAACGAUGAUCUGUUGUGAGAACCAAGAUGUAAGUGCCUGUCCAGUUUUGUCUAUACUCGCAACAGCUAAUUGCUUAACAUCUAGUGCGACCGAGAAUGGUUCCAUCUUAAUUGCGUCGGUCUCUCCGAAGUUCCCAGCCGAACCGCCAAAUGGUAUUGUCCCGACUGUCGAGUGAAGCUCAACAAGGGCACCGACGGGAUUGUGCGCAACAAUCCUCGUCGUUGAAUCUUUUUGCUUGUUUUUCUUAGGCUUUUAUUCGGUUGAUCUAUCGGUUCUUGCUAGCUAGCUGCAUGGAUUUAUUGGGGUUUGAUUUUUCCGGACUUGUUUGUUAUAUGGCGUUGACGAGUCUACGAUAUGGUGUCUGAUAUUUCUUUUCACCUUCCUCAGCGUUGCUUCUAUCGGAUUUAGGUAGCAUUUAACCCGAUCCUGGAAUGGAUGGCGGCGGUGUUGGAGGUGUUCUCGUGAUUUUCUGUACUUGCUCUAUGUGAUCGUGUGAGAUUGAUUGACUGACUGAUUGAUUGAGUACACGGGCUAAAUUGAAGUUUACUGCAGAUGGAUCAUCUUCAAAACGUCGGAUCAUUUUAGUUGCUGGAAUAUCAUUUAGAUGUCUCUCGCCCAGAGGCUGUUCAUCCUUGUCCACCAGUUGAGCUCUGCCCCAAUGUUAUUCAUCAACAACCAGCUUCCUCUACUGGGAAUACACAUUCUAGAACACUCAGUCAGACUU